UUUUGUUUGUUUUUUUACACCACUGACUGACAAAAGUGCUAAUGUAGACAUAGCCUGAGUCCCCAAGCAUGGGUCCUACAGACCUGGGUUUGCAAUGCGGUGUAGGCAUAUCAUUCCUGAGCAAGAGUUGAGUUUCUGCUAAGGUAAUCUAAAGAUGCACUGCAGAAAGAACUACUAUUAAAAACAAAAAACCCCAAUAAAUGUAAGUCCCAAACGGCCAUCUGGUGGGAUCAAGAGUUUCUUUUGCAUCCUUUGUGUGAUACUGUGGAACAUCUUUUGGUUUGAGAGGCAGGGAUGUUUUUGCUUUCCUCUUCCUAAGGUAUUCAGGACUCUUGUGGACUCCUCAACUCAGGUUUUCUUAUAAAUGGACCACUCACCUGUUCACAUGUGGCAACAAUUUCUGUUUCUAUAAAGCGAUGGGGGAAACUGCUUCCUUCAGACCUGACUAAAGUUUGUUUGAAACCCGAACAUUAAAAUUAGCUGAUGAAUUGCACAUGCCUUCCCUCCCAGAAAUGAUGUUUGGAGACAACAUCCUAAGAAUUCAGCAUGAUUAUGGCUUUGGAAUUGAGUUCAAUGCAACAGAUGCUUUAAAAUGUGUAAAUAACUAUCAAGGUAUGAUUAAAGUGGCCUGUGCAGAGGAAUGGCAAGAGAGCAGGACUGAGGCUGAACACACGAAAGAAGUCGUUAAACCAUAUGAUUGGACCUAUACGACAGACUACAAAGGAACACUAUUAGGAGAUACUGUAAAGUUAAAAGUUGUUCCUACAACUGAUCACAUCGAUACAGAGAAAUUGAAAGCCCGGGAACAGAUUAUGUUUUUUGAAGAAGUUCUGCUGUUUGAAGAUGAGCUUCAUGAUCAUGGUGUUUCAAGUCUGAGUGUAAAAAUAAGAGUAAUGCCUUCCAGCUUCUUUGUGUUGUUGAGGUUUUUCUUGCGAGUUGAUGGUGUACUUAUCAGGAUGAAUGAUACAAGACUUUACCAUGAGGCUGACAAGCCCUACAUGAUACGGGAAUACACAUCUAAAGAAAGCAAAAUUUCAAGCUUAACGCAUGUUCCACCCUCCCUGUUCACGGAGCCUAAUGAGAUCUCUCAGUAUUUACCUGUAAAGGAGACUGUUUGUGAGAAGCUAGAAUUCCCAGAGAAGUUGGAUCCUGAGCCUACAGCCUCAUCAGAAAGCACAUGCAUGGAAUCUAAAUAAAUGUGACUUUAUGUGGACUUGAAAUGGGCCCUCUUCUGGAGAUCAUAUGAUCACUUGACCAUUACCACUGGGGUAGUUUCACUAUUUAUGGGCUAAAGAUCAUUUGUUUGGCUAAUUUUUCUGUAGCCUUAAGGGGGCAAAAAGCUCAUUUCAAACAGGUUUCACUAAUGUAUAUAUUGUCCCUUUUUUUUUUUUUUUUAAUUAUUAUUAUUUCAAACCUGUGUUUGGAAUUAAUGAUAGACUGGUAACAGACAGGAGAAUUGCCUUGGAGAAUAAACCCCUCCCAUGAAUAGCUGUUUUUGUUCUGUUUUGAGCAUUUGGCAGUUAUAUUGCCUAAACCCUCAACCACUAGCACCCUGGAUCAAGAAUUUUGGCUCUUGGUACCGAGAAGCUAGUGUAAUUCACAAAACUGAGCAGCUUUUAUUAUCUCUGUAGAAUUCUUCUACAAUAAAAGGUUUUGUUCCCUAUGAUGUAUAUGAUGAUUGACCUUCUGUUGUACAUUAGAAAUUUUGCUUGGCUCCCCUUGGUGUAAGAUAAUAUACAAAUUAGGUAAUUUCUCUGAAUUUUAAUCCCAGACAUUUUAUUGGAGGAUAUUUAUUCUUCCCUCAUGAAUAGCUUUAAAAAGUUAGCAAUGUGCAAAGCAUUACAAUUUCAGACACAUUAUAAAGAUAUCACCUUGUUUGGGAGCCAUUAACUCAGAGCAGGGAAAUGGCUUGAAGUUAACAGAGGCCCACACAAUGGUAAAUUUAUCAAGUACCAAUUCACCUGAUAUCUAGUGAGGCUGGACUGUCUGACAACACUAAUCUGACUCUUACUUGGAUUAGGUGUGCUGCUAAUGUAGUAUCUAGUCAUUAAAAUGCAUUGUACUGCAUUGACUUCCCGGCCAGCACCCCAUUUAGUUGGUUGUGGCCUGACAAUCAAACUGCUAAGUCCCAGGUAUUUCAAUUCCUAAAGGUUGAGGUAUUGGUUUUUGGAGACUGAAGUUUCCCUAGCUUUAAAGGGACGCUGUCAAAUAUGCUAGGCCUGAAAUUUAGGUUUUAUUUCUUAA